AAAAACAGAGCGAGCUUAAUUUACUGUACAUAACUCUUACAUUUAUGUGAUGAAUUAUAAUUGAUGGAUGAGUCAUUGUGAAGUAUUGCAGUGCACAGAACAGAUACAAGUACAUCUACAUACGCAUAUGUACGUACAGUAGUGCAUGUGUUUGGUACCAUAUUUUUAUGUAUGUUUUGCAUAUUCCCCUUAAUUUUUUUCCACGAAAUGGCACAUUGUUUUGUUUGUAGGAACGUUAUCAGUGGAGCGAUGUAUUGCCUAUGGAAAAAACAUACAUGUACUCAACACUGCUAGAAUGUGUAAUAUCCCUGCUGAAGCAUGCAUGGUUAGUUUGGUCUACCAAUGAUUAAAUCCUGAAGUAGGAAGGACAAUCUACAGGUUAAGUCAAGGAAAAGGCAACCAUUAUCGCUGUUGUAAUGGGUGUCAAAUCCAUGUUUUCCAUUUGCUGAGAAAGCAGGUUGGGAAGGAAAAGAUAUGUGUUCGGCACUGAGGAAUGUGGCCAUCUGUGAAAGACUAGUAGUGAAGAAAUUCUGUUUCAACGAAGGAACUCAUGAGCGACUAGAAUAUGAGCGUCGAGCUGGACCAAGAGAGGGCACAAUUUCCUUAGCAAUGGAGGCUCCGUUGGUCAGAACUGAUCUUUGCUGGUUAACGAACGACUAUGAAAAGCACAUCCAGUACGUUAUGGUCACAUCACUGCCAACAAAAGGAACACUCCCGACCAACAUGGCUCUAAUUCAACCAAUGAUGGAGUGCUUCUGCUUGAGGUGGAAACCAGAAAGGCUCCUCAUCAAUCAACACCCAGUCCUCUUUCUGCAAAGACAGACCUGCUGAUUUUCACACUGGUUCAUACAUGUAUACAACUGCAGCCUGUCCAGACGUGUCCCUAAAUACCACCCUGCCAUUGUAGGGUAUCAGUUGGCCAGCUUUUCAGGUACGUGUCCUGCUGACACAAAGCCACUGACUCUCUAAUACUUUCUGCUGAAUACGAAGCUGGGGAGAUAUGAACUUAACGCAUAAAAUAACUGUCCUGGGUGUGAGCUUCAGACUAAAGGAUGCAAAUGAGGAAUGUUAGAUAUCGAGUCGGAGUGGUGUUUCAUUUUUUGGAUCACUCACCAGCGUACUACGCAUCCAGGUUACGAGUCCGGAAAGAGUUAUCUAAGGAAUUACACAAUCGUUAUUUCAGCCAAGAUCAUCGUCUAGAAACAAGAGAACCGUGUACAUUGCCUUGUUUUCGAGGUCGUUUGUUUUUGGCAACCUGCAAAUGCAUUUGUAGACGAUACUGGAGGGGAAUAUAUUGCCAAGAACGUAUUUGUAAACCUUGGCAAAGAGGAUGUACUUCCAAAACACAAUGCGUCAACAAACUGAAAUUUUGUGACAGAGUAAAAGACUGCUACGACGGUUCAGAUGAAGACAAUUGCAGCUGCACUAGCAAGGUCUGUGAUCAUGGAGGUCGGUUGGACAAAGUGACCUGCACAUGCUCUUGUACAUCAGACUGGACAGGGGAGCACUGUAGAACCCCAAGUCCAUCAGCUGAUUGUGGCAUGCGGCAAGUGGAUAAAAGCCGUAUCAUUGGAGGUCACACUGCCGACAUUGAGCACUACCCUUGGCAAGUCCAGCUCAGGUACCAAUCGGCUAGAUCUACCUGGUACUUUGUCUGCGGAGGCACGCUCAUCUCCCCUCAGCACGUCGUCACUGCUGCUCACUGUGUUGUGGACAAAUUACCCACCCGUUGGAGAGUCUAUUUGGGUCGGAAAAAACGGCAGAAAGGAGGGGAAAAAAUAAGAGACGUCACAAAAGUCUUUGUCCAUGAGCAGUACGAUGUACUCAAAGAUACCAAUGACAUAGCACUGAUGGUGCUGAACAUUCCAGUGUCGUUCACUGGGCGCAUUCAGAUGGCCUGUCUCCCCUGGCAACCAGUGCAGCAGUUCAGCAGCGACUCGGCUUGCUUCAUCAGUGGGUGGGGAUCAAUUGCAUAUGGAGGUAUUUUGCCUUACAAUCUUCAAGCCGCUCAAGUUGUGCUUAUUCCUCAGAGCCAGUGUGCUGACAUAAUUGAUCUGACGGACUCCAUGAUCUGCGCAUCUGAGUCACUGAAUCUACUCGGACAAGUUGAUGCCUGUCAGGGCGAUUCUGGAGGUCCCCUGUCCUGUGCAGCUGUCGACACCCAGGGCUACCUCAGAUGGUAUGUGGUGGGGAUAACAAGCUAUGGCUUUGGAUGUGGUACGCCUGGAUUGCCCGGGGUGUACACAAAGGUGUCAGAGUUCACUGUCUGGCUCGAGGAGAAAAUGAAUUCCUAGAUUUAAACUCAUGUUUAAUCAUUGAUCCUUUGUAACAAGGAAACAAAUCCACCCAGUUGAAAUAAUUCUAUCUGAAAUGUAAAGACAUGGAAAUAAAGAAAACAAUGCAGUAGUGAUGGCCCAAUUAUUAUAACUUGAAAAUUUCCUUGUACUUACCUGGUGUUUAUGGUACAUGUACAAAAUUUCCCCCCUUAUUUUAAGACCUGCAAGAAAGAUACAUCAUGUUGGGAUAUACUAAGGGAUAUGAUGAAGAAUGUCAGUCAUUUUUGUCAGUUCCAUGGAUAAAUAAUAUUGCAAUAGGAAUACAUACGGUACAUUCACUUUGAGGUCUUUAACAACUUAAAAAGGCCUCUUUAUUUUCAUGUAUUUGUUCACUAUUCACAACUGUAGCUUAAAAAGUGACAGGUCACUAAACCAACACGGAAAUCACUUGAAGAUUCAUAGCCAAAGUUUUAAGUGAAUCAACUCUGUCUUGGAGACAAGGCCAUACAAACUAGUACAUGUACUUAGAACACCGUUAUACAAAAAGCCUUAUCUUACAUGCUGUCAUGGGAAAACUAUAAUUUCAAGUAACUUGAAACUUUGCCAGGUGACAAAUUCAGUCUAGACUUUGAUUCAGUGCCGAAUUCAAGUACAGCCGUGUGUAACAAUGACAAUAACUGGAGGUAUUGUAACUAGCACCAUCUGAGUUAAGUCAACUUUCAAGUAUUUUGUUCUUAAUAGUAAAAAUUUGCCCUCUCUUCCCGACAGAUCC